UGCGCUCCCUCAGAGCCGCCGCCGCUGCCUCGGAGCCUCCGCGUCCCGCAGCGGCUCCGCCUCGCUGCGAGCCGCCCGCGGGCUGGGACACGGACACGGAGCGCGGCAGGACGGGCCGGGCCGGCCGCUGACAGGUGCAGGAUGUCGGCCACGCUCUACGUGCUCUCCACGCUGGGUGGAUACGUCCUCACCUCCGCGCUUCUCCUCAAGUGCCCGGGGCUGCUCCACCGGCCCAAGCGGCAGCGCUUUCGCUGCCGGCACAUCUCGCACCGCGGCGGUGCUGGGGAGAACCUGGAGAACACAAUGGCAGCCUUUCACCAUGCUGUUAAUUUGGGGACAGACAUGCUGGAGCUGGAUUGUCACCUGACAAAGGAUGAGCAAGUGGUUGUGUCCCAUGAUGAGAACCUGAAGAGAUCAACAGGAGUUGAUGUCAACAUAUCUGACCUCAAAUACUCGGAACUUCCACCCUAUCUCUGCAAGUUGGAUGUCACUUUUCAGAAAGAAAGUCAGUGUGAGGGGACAGACAACCGAAUCCCACUGCUGCAGGAGGUGUUUGAGGCAUUUCCAGAGACUCCUGUCAACAUUGACAUCAAAAUGAACAAUGAUGUGUUGAUCAGAAAGGUCUCAGAGCUGGUGAGUCGCUACAAGAGAGAGCACCUGACCGUGUGGGGCAAUGUCAAUUAUGAGAUUGUGUGCAAGUGUUUCAAGGAGAACUCUGACAUUGCCACCAUCUUCUGUGCCCAGCGUGUGCUCCUGCUCCUUGGCCUGUUCUACACUGGGCUGCUGCCCUUUGUGCCCUUCCAGGAGGAAUUCUUUGAGAUCCCCAUGCCUUCCAUCAUCCUCAAGCUGAAAGAACCAGAGAAGAUGUCAAAAAGCCAGAGAUUUGUUAUCUGGCUGGCUGACACGCUGCUGAUGAGGAAGGCGCUGUUUGAUCACCUCACAGCUCGGGGCAUCCAGGUGUACAUUUGGGUACUGAAUGAAGAACAAGAAUACAAGAGAGCGUUUGAUCUUGGAGCCACUGGAGUGAUGACAGACUAUCCAACAAAACUGAAGGAGUUCUUACAUAAUUACCCAGCAUGAAGGAAGAAAACUGAGAAAGUCCUUCCAGAACAGAUUGUGAGCCAAGGAUUUUCCUCACUAAAAACAAAAAUAAUUGGGGGCAGCAUGCACAGAUCAUUUUUGUUGGAAAGAUGUAACUGAUGAUCUGUUUCCUUGUUGUCAAAUCACUACCUAAUGUCAAGGUUGUCUAUUUAUUUUAAACUUUAAUGACAUAGUUUACAUUUGUAAAUAGCUCAUUUAGUAACAGCACACUUCACAAAUGAUGAUGAUUAGGAAGAGAGUUGCCUGAUAAGGUUCCUGUAGAUAAUAAGCAUCAUUUUACCUGUCACAAUUGUUCCUAAGCAGCUGUCCAGACAUGUCAGUUAUUCCAGUUAUAUUCUAGUGAGCAGAAACUGAAGAAUUUCUGAAAGUGUAGCCUGUGUGUUUGCAUUUCUUGUGUUGCUUUUAGAUUUCAGGUAACUUCUAGAGAAAAAAACAGAUAAAAUAAAGAAAAACAGGCCCAGGAGAAACAACAAAGCAGCCUCUGUGGCUGGCCAGGUAGUGACGUGCACUCAGUGAAGGUGGUCACACUUUUAGCCAGAAUUAACUCAGUACAGAUUUAUUCCAUUAUUCUCACUGACAAUAAUGUUGAACUUGAGUUGGAAAUGGAUUUAGAUGCUCUCUGAGGUGAUGGCAAUGCUGUGACCUGUUGGUCCAGGAUUUAAAUCAGGAUCUGGGUUUGACACCAAGUUCCAGUGCAGGGUCCAGCUUUGCCCCUGCCUCUCAUGGCAGGGGCUGGAUUUCCAGGAUGGAAAACUGCACUUGGUACAGAUUCCACUCACUUUGAAAGAGCCUUUCCACCAUGCCCUAUAAAAACCUUUUGCACAUUUGUGGUUCUUGAUGAACAGGAAGUUGUGUUUUAGGGUGAGGGACCAAAGAAGACUUAAAUUUGGUCAGGAGUUUCAGGGACAAAUGAAAAUGUUCCUAUUAAAUGAAUUCACCCAGAUUUUUGUGUAUUUAUAAAGGGAGGAAGUGUCAAUCUAAUGUGUAUUGAUUUAGUCUUUUCUCUCCACAAAAAAUCCAUUCAAUAUCCAUCAUGUUUAUGUGCAUGGAUGUGAGAACAACUGGCACAAGCCAGGGGAGCCCAGUUAGGCAGGAAGGUAUUUCUGGAAGCUUCCAUGGUGUUCUGAGCAGGAGUUACCCCAGUGUCAGCCAGGUUGGAGCCUGCAGUGCCCUGGGUGUGCUCAUGGCAUGGCUGGGCCUUCAGGGCUUGGAUUUUGUGCUUUAAUGACCCCCAAUGGCCAGAGCUCAGGCACUGCAUCAUCAGAUGCUCUCUCUAAACAAGAGUUUGGCUCCAGCAGUGUCUGUUUCUUGAAGGGGUUUCAUGUGAAAAUAAUAGAUUUAAUAAUAAACACAGCAAUCAGAUGUGUUUUUACAGCAAGGAGCAGCCACUGUGCUAAAAACUGAUUUUUAAGUUCUUUUUUUUUCCCCUUGGUAGCUCAGAUUUGGGAGGGUUCUUGUUGCACCCCCUGGCUGCUGUGCCAUAUUUAUAAUUGUGGAGCAUCUUUGCUGUUGCACUGCCUGUCAGGAUGCCAAACCCAUCUGCAGGGAGAGGCUUUGUUUCUGCAGCACAGCUCCUUUCUGAGGAAUCUGUCUGGGUGAAAUGGAAAAAAACCUGCAGCAUUUAGGAUUCAAGUGAACAUGUGCUGAUGGGGGCAGAUGAGUUAAUGUUGUCCUUUGGAAUAUCUGCCUGCUGAGGAUGGCUGCAGAUUCAAUUUCCUCCUAAUUUAAUCAGCCUUGUUGCUUAUUGAAUGGAAGAGAGGAAAAUGGAACUUGCUAACUGUUCAUGGGGGGAAAAGGAUGAAAUUAUUUAUUAGCUACUAAAGCUUUCUGUUUCCCUCUCAGACCAGCUCUGUCUGCUCACAUAAGUGCUAAUAAUCAGUCAGCUCUGCCUGCUUUUUAGAAGCCACAGAAUGGUUAUAGAAAAUGUUCCACAUGCAGCUCAGAAAAUUAAAAAAAAUUCCACCUUUCUGUCCCAAUCUGGGUUUAUUAGCAGUUUGUAGCUCCAGAUGAGUUUUUAUGCAAUGUGGGUUUUUUAAAUUCAGUUUUAUUGCUGUUGAAUUUGUAACACAUGCACCAAUAUUAAGAUGCAGAUAUAAUGAUGGUUUUAGAAAAUUAUAUCAAAACCACAUUAAAACUGAUUUGUUUCAGUUAGGAGGAGCUAAGUUUUAAAAUGCCAGUUUUGAUCUCUGACUUACUUUGUAUCAAAUUUCCCUCAACACUCAAUAAAUACACAAUUUUCCAUUAUUCUACAUUGAAUGAUAAAACACAGGCACUGAAAUUAGUGUUUUAUAUUUCAUUUUAACAUUUUAAUUCUCUAUUUAGUAGUAGAGAUGGAAAUUUCUGCAUUCUAAAAUUCUCCACACAUUUUCCAACCCUGUUUUUGUUCUACAUCUGAUGGAGCUCCUGACUGUGCUGAUCAUACCUUGACCUCUCUUGGACAAAUCUGCUGCUCAAUAUCUGGAAUUGGGUUGGGAGGCAAAGGCUCCAGAGCUGGAAAAGAUGGAAAUAAAUAAAGCUGGAAAUAAAUCCAGAGCUGGAUUUAUUCCUUCACCUCUGGGAUUUCCACAAGAGCUCAGCUCUGAUCUCAUGGGACAGAAAAUGUCCCAGGGGUGACUCCCAGUGCACAGGGCCCAAACACCACGGACUUGGGGGAACUCUAAAAAACAAACAUUUCUUCUUUCCAAUCUUGUUUGGAAUAUUCCAGAAUCUCUGUGAUUUUUUUAUUUUUUUUUUUUUAAACCACUUGUACAGAAAAGCUUUUGUUGAGAACUUGCACAAGUGUCCAGGAGGAUGUUCAGUUCAUCUCUGUCUGAGGUGAGAUUCUUUUCAGGUACUUUUAACUCAAAAUAUUGUUUUACCACUGUGUUCUCCACCCUGUUGGUGUAUGAAGGAUGACUGCAUGGAUUUCAUGCAUUUUUUAAUUUGCAGAAACUCUUGUGGACCUCUCUAGCUCCAAAGCUAUGCAGUGAUUUCUCUUUUCAUGUCAAGAAGGAUUUGAUGCUUUUGAAAAGUGGCACAUUAAAACAUCUUUGCUCAUAAAAGGUCUAAAACU